UGUGUAAACAUGCAAUGUGGGGGUGGGGCUAGUGGUUGCAAGAUGGCUACAAGGGAUGAUGGUGUCUUGUUUGGUGGAGUGGAAUGGAGCAGCUCUCCCGUUACCUUCCAUAGGAACAAGGGGAGGAAUGUUGAGCUAACAAAGAGGAACACAGUAGCCACUAGGACUAAGAGCCAUAACUAUGGUAUAGUGCUCACUAGUAAGCCAGUGGUUGUUGGACAGAUGCUCAAGGUCACUGUGACAGAGAAGGAGGGAGGUUGGGCUGGUGGAAUGCAAAUUGGCUUCACUGGAGAGAACCCGGAGAAUUCGACACUGACACAGUUAACAUAUUUGAGAUGGCGAGAGGAUCACAAGCAUUUACUGAAUAUUAGUGGCCGUACUCUCUAUUACAAGGACAAGAAACACUGUAAACUGGAUUUCAACACUGAUGAUUUUGUAGAGGGUGAUUCCUUGGGAAUGUUGCUGACGCUGAAAAAGGAGGUCCACUGGUUUGUUAGUGGUGUGUGGAGAGGGUCUGUACGUGUGAAGGACUACCCCCUGGACACACCUAUGUGGGGGGUCGUGAGUGUGUAUACACUGUGUAAACAAGUCAAGGCAGAGAUUUGCACUGUGUCCAGAAACCCUGACUCAGAGAGGAGGCUGAGAGAGAUGGGACUGGCACAGGAUGCAACACCUAAAGCAGUGGGAACACAGUCGUUGUUUGCAAGACUAGGGUUUAGAUCGACUAAGUCACAAAAUGAUGUCACUAAAACAGUCUCAACCCCACUUGUGGAAGAUAUUCAACUUCAACUAACAAGAGCUAAUGAACUGCUCAUACAAUCACGCUCAGACAAUCAAGAGCUUCAACGAGAGGUAGCUGAAAAAGUCCAAGAAAACACUCAACUACAGCAACAACUAACACUUGCCAAUGAACAGUGGGCAAAAUCCAAUGAACAACUAACAUAUGCCAACAAUCAACGAAAAAUAUCUGACACAGAAAACCAACAGCUGAUAGGGACCCUUAGAGGACAAGUGGACGUCCUCCAACGAAGAGUGGUCUCUCUCUCAGCCACCAAUCAUAACAGCCACCCUCAGGAGGUGGAGUUCUGGCAGGUGUCUCCACAGGAGGUGUCUAUUAGAGAGGACGAGAUUCUUGGCCGAGGGGCCUGGGGCUACGUUGCCAAGGGAACUUUUAGAGGAACAACGGUGGCCGUCAAACGAGUGUAUCCUGAAAUCCUACGACAGACUACGGUGGAUCGAAUUCGUCGUGAGAUUCGCACUAUGGCUCAGAUCCGCCACCCCAACCUUGUCCUCUUUGUUGCUGCCGUCCUCAACGAGCAAACAGGUCCCAUGAUUGUCACAGAGCUCCUGGAUACCUCUCUACGUUCUGCCUACCAGGACAAUCGUGUUGGUCCCAACAAGCGAAGGAUCUUUGGAGACAUCUCCUCAGCUCUGGUUUAUCUCCACCGACAGAGGGAACCCAUCAUCCACAGAGAUGUGAGCUCUGCUAAUGUCCUCCUUCUCUCUCUACCCAACAACAAAUGGGUUGCCAAACUCUCUGACUUUGGAUCAGCCAACCUAGCUCGAGAUGCCACUACUCCUGGAGAAGGUGCUAUCCUGUACACUGCCCCUGAGGCAUUUCCUCAAUCUCCGUACUCCCCACAACUACCACCACAACAGACGACAAAGAUCGAUGUGUACAGUUUUGGAGUGCUUGCUUGUGAAGUGGUGACUCGAACAUUUCCGAAAUCUGAACUGUUUGUUCGUCUGCUAUCGAGUAUGGAAGGUGUAUGGCGGGAGCUCCACCCACUCAUCACCUCCUGUGUCUCUCACUCCCCUCAGGACAGACCCUCCAUGGACACUGUGCUACACCACAUCAAACAAUUGGACUCGGAGCCUUAGGACAUAAACGUGUGAAAUAGUUUUCGACUACCCUAUGCUUCGACUACCCUAUGCAUAUUAAUCAUUAUUUUGUACUUAGUUUAUUUGUGUGAUAAUUAUUUUGGUUAUUUUGGCUGUCUUUUUUGUCAAUUUUAUUAUGUGUUCUUUGCCGACGAAG